CGGCCUCCUUCCUCCUCUUCCAUUGUCGUCAAUCCCUGGGCCACGAUGUCGGACCGCUACAACAUCCACAGCCAACUCGAGCAUCUGCAGUCAAAGUACAUCGGCACGGGCCACGCCGACACGACGCGCUACGAGUGGCUGGUCAACCAGCACCGCGACAGCUACUCGUCCUACAUGGGCCACUUCGACCUGCUCAACUACUUCGCCAUCGCCGAGAACGAGAGCAAGGCCCGCGUCCGCUUCAACCUCAUGGAGAAGAUGUUGCAGCCAUGCGGCCCGCCGCCCUACAAGCCCGAGGACGCGCUCUGAGAGAGCCACGCAGCACCCCCACCACCCAUCGCCGCCUCGUUCGCUCACUACCCCGGCGGCCACCCACCCGAACCGGACGUCAACCGAACACCGAACUGGACACCGACCCCCAGCCGGACACCGACCCCCAGCUGGACACCAACCGGACACCGACCGAACUGAGGGCGCCACAAUGCACGUGUUCGCUACGAUGCCGCGCCUCUCGUGUUGGAUGGGAAAUGGUGAUGAUGGGUCUCGGAGGAUGGCAAGAAUUUGGGGUGGAUGAAGAUAAUGGGGCGGCGAAGGUUUGGGUGGAAGAUGGGCUGGCUGUGACCGGGUGUGGCGAAUGGAGACACGGUUACGGAUGGACUGGCUGCUGCUGCUGGAUAGAAAACAUCGAGUGGAUAAGGGAAGGAUUGGGUGGGGACUGGAGACAUCGGGAGGGGUGGAAGAGUUGUUGUAGAGUGGGUAGAUCUGACUGGGCCGGGGGUGGUGAUAUUGUCCAUGUGGGUGAGUUGACCGGCUGGAUGGAGGAGGAAUUGGCUGGGGCCUCCAGGAUGCAUUGGCUGAAUGGAUCGAGGGCAGGUGGAUGGGUGCACCUGGUGGAGACGAUGUCGUGCCCUCUUGAUAUAGAAUUGCUGGCUCGGAUGGUGUUUUGACCCGUGGACUGUUGCAUAAAUCACCUAAAGUUAUUUGUUUCGCUUGUACUAUUUGCAACCACCAACUAAGGGAUUCUACUUAAAUUUGUUUUGCAACCGUCCACUGGUUGUUGGGGUGAUACCGAGUUGGGAUGUUGGAACGGGACGAUGCUAGAGCUCUUGAGCUUGCUUAGUCCCGGGCUGUGCUGCGGUGUUGCUAUCUCCUAUGUUUUCCCGACCAUCACAACUUCCCCAUUUACAUCGGUAUCAAUUGUAAAGGGGUCGUGAUAUGCCACUGCAUUUAGACGCUAUUGACAUCCAAAUUGUUGAGAUGGAUGCCCAUGGCCUGGUGUACCAGCUCAUGGAGAUGAGGUCCAGUCUGUAAAGUUUUGACCCCUAAACCACCAUCGACCUGGUGAAAUGCUGCCGAGUCCAUAUCCUCCCUCCACGCCCGCCUGCUGCCACGAGAAGAUCACCUUCGCUCCUGGAGGUUGGAGUUGACGGGGAUCAACAACCGUGGCCUGCUCACAGACCCUGCCGACAAACCGGGACACUUUUUUUUCCAAUGAGCUACCAAGUCGUGUGCUAGACCAGCGCCGCGGAGAGCCAGGUUUUUCCACUGCAGAAGAUAAGCUCUGCGGCUCGCGUAAAUGAUAAGAGGAGUCGCACAUCGUGUGCAUGAUGAAAAUGAUCAACUCUGUGCUUGUGUGGUCCCGACCCAGAUGUCUUCUGAGGCCAGCGUAUCAGGGGUAUGUCCUGGAAAAUAUCCAGUGGAAAACCAGAAUCCUGUGCGGGUCCUGUGCCGGGUAUGGCUUCUCGCUAUCGAUUUUACCCAAGGUGGAUAAACAUGAAUGGGAAUGAUUCUGUGUGGCCAUUAGAUUUAAAUUUUGUGGGAACUGUUUGGAAACAUCGCACGAUACACUGUUGGCCAUAUCAAUACAUCGGUACCACUAAAAUACCUGGUUUGGGGCCAUGGGUGAAUAACAGUACAAGGCAGUGGGAGACUUUUUUGGAGUACAUUGGGGAAUUUUGUGUUGGCUUUGGAAUUUACUGUUUUAUGUUGAUGCAUUAGGGUUUGCUUGAUUGUGAAAACCUUUUUAUAAGUUGCUUAGUAUAAAUAAAAAGCUAUUUCGUAAUUGGA